AUGGCGGUCGCGGCUGUGCGUCUUACGUUGCUUGAUCCGGAGGUGAAGUGGUUGGUGUUGGCGCUCGAGGUUUGGGUGGUUGUAUCCGCCUUACACGGCCUACUCAGGAGGAGGGACGCAGGCCUGGCCAAGCUGAUGGUGCAAGCUCUUUUGGUUUUGGCCUUCUCCACGGUGUUAAGGAACCGAAGCGCGGAGACGCUGGUUUCCUUCAUCGUGGUCUGGGUCGCGUUAUUGGUGCUCUAUGUCAGCCCUUGGUGGAAAUUCACCGGCGCGGCCGAGCUGCUGCGAGUGUACAGCAUGGGCAUGCUUGGGUGUUUAGCACUUCGUCUUCUGAGCAUCGAGAUUGUAUAUUUGACUUGGAUUGCUCUCCUCGCCUUGGUCCUCCUGUUAGUCCUCCUGUUAGUAACGCCAAAGCGGGACCGCGCCAUUACAGCGAGGGAGGAGGUACGAUCCCCCUUGUCGAUCUCUACCUUCGCUAAGAAAGAGUUGCGUGUUUUCUUGAGUUUCAACAGAGGACCGGACAUCCCUGAUGCAUUUAUAGACUUCCUGAUCGUUCAACUCACGAGAUCCGGGAUUUCGGUCUUUGGAGAUGGCAAAAAGCUGCCUGAAGGGGAAGACCUAGUUGAAGUGAUCAGGCGAUCCAACGUAUUGAUUCCAAUCAUCUCCAAAGGCUACGCUUCCUCCGAAAGCUGCCUCGUGGAGUUGGGUCUAAUGUUGGAGUGCAGAAGAACAAAUGGCCGAACGAUCAUUCCCAUUUUUUAUGACGUAGAUCCCUCGGAUGUGCGACUCGUCAGGGGUUCUUUUGAAAUAUCCUUGAAGGAGCACGAGAUGAAGGGAAUGGAUGGCAGGACAAUCGAUGCAUGGGGAAGAGCUCUUCGUGAGCUUGGGGAUCGGGACAGAUUUUACUCUGCAGACAACAAUUCUUGGUCUAAUUACAAGCUUUUAAAGCUACUCCUCUUAGAUGUGCUGCAACUGUUUGGUAAGCAGGAUGUUGAGGAGAAUUUGGUUGGAAUUCAGGAUCGAGUUCAAAAGGUUAUGACAAAGCUUGGCGUAUACUAUAGAGAUGAACAAUCAGUUGGGUUACAUGGUGGGGAUGUCCGAGUAGUUGGAAUCUAUGGCACUAGUGGGGUUGGCAAGACAACUAUUGCAAAGGUUGUUUAUAAAGCCAUCGCUUCUCUCUUUGAUGGCUGUAGCUAUCUUGAGGACGUUCGAGAGAGGUUCACACAAUCUGAAGGACUCAAGUCUUUGCAAAAUCAGUUAAUUUCCGACCUGCUAAAGCGAAGCUGCCCAAUGUUUACUUGUGAAGAAGGUGCACACAUCAUCAGACAUAGAUUUCAUAGCACGAGAGUUCUUAUUAUCCUUGAUGAUGUCGGUCAUUAUCAUCAACUUGAACCAUUCAUUGGGAAGCUCAGUUGGUUUGGUCCAAGAAGUAGGAUCAUUGUGACCAUGCGUGAUUAUGGUCUUAUUAAUGUCCCUGAAGUGGCAGAAAGAUAUGAAGUCGAACCUCUGAAACCUGAUCAAGCUCUUUUUCUCUUUCAGAGGCAUGCUUCUCAUAUCCUGCCAUUCCCAGAGGGAUAUGAUUCUCUGUUUGAUGAAAUUAUAUCUCUAACUGGACGAAUUCCUUUAGCGAUUGAGGUUCUAGCUCCUCUUUUAUGCACAGUGCCCACAAGUUUAUGGCAACAUACCUUGAAGAUAAUGAGAAAGCAUGUCGAUCCAGUUGAACGCGUGUUGAUGGCAAGCUUUGAGUUUCUUAACUAUGAGACCAAAGAAAUAUUACUGGAUAUAGCAUGUUUCUUUGUUGGAAAGGAUAUUGCCAAUCCCUUUUCCAUGUGGUGUGCUUGUGGCUAUGAUCCUCUUCAAGGAAUCAACGUUUUGCUGGACAUGUCUUUGGUGCAAGUUGGAGAAAAUAAUAAACUAUGGAUGCAUAAUAAGCUGAGAAAUCUUUGUCAGCAAAUUGUCAAGAAUGAAGAUCCCAAAAGGCCUGAAAGGCGCAGUAGGCUAUGGAAUCAUGUGGAUGCAGUAUCCAUGUUGAAGGAAAGAAAGGGAGCUAAAAGGGUCCGAGCCCUCAAUCUCAAGUAUGAUAAUGUUUGCCAUGACUGCUUUACAUGUGAAGAAUUUGAACUUCUGCCAUACCUAAGGUAUCUCAAAUUGGGUAAAGCCAGAAUCAUAGGAGACUCUAAGAAUUCCCUAUCGAAUUUAAGGUGGCUUGAUUGGCAAGUGUGCACUGAGACCUUUGGAGCUUGUGACCUGCAUCUGAAAGAGCUAGUCAUUCUUGAUUUAUCAUGGAGUAAGGUUGUGCAUGACUGGAAAGGGUGGAGUCAAAUUAAGAUGCCACAGUUGAGGAAUCUAAACCUUACGGGGUGUACUAGCCUACUGACGACUCCUGAUUUCUCUGGUCUUGAGAAGUUGGAGACAUUGAUUCUCGAGCAUUGUUCUCGACUAGUGAAGAUUGAUGCUUCAAUUACUCAUCUAAAGUUCUUAGUCACCCUGAAUUUGAAGUUCUGCAGUGAACUCAGCAUGCUGCCAAAAGAACUUAAUGAUAUGAAAGAAAUGAAAGAGCUUCUAAUUGAUGGAACCUCUAUAAAGGAAAUUCCCAGCACCCUAGCCAAUAUGAAGAAACUCAAAAUUCUCAGUGCCUCUAAUUGCUUCUCUCUGAGUGGCCUGCCCCAAUCAAUGGGUCAGCUGGAAGCUCUUUCUGUGCUCUUGCUGGAUGGUGCGAAAUUUGUUGAACUACCUGACUCAAUUGGAGAGCUGGUGCAACUGAAGCAAUUAUCUUUGAGAAACUGCCACUGUCUCGGGGAGCUUCCAGACUCAAUUGGCAAUUUGGGAAGAUCAUUAAUUGAGUUGGAUCUGUCAGGGACAGGCAUUUGCGAUUUGCCAGGUUCGAUCAUGAACCUGCGGGGCUUGAAAGUACUGAAAAUGGACUCCUGUUUCACAAGAGAAUUCCCUCGUGAUAUUGGAAGGCUAACCAACCUCGAGGAGAUGCAUGCCUUGCGAUGUAGGAGCUUGGAAGGGGACAUUCCGAGUGAUAUCGGGGAAUUGAAAUCACUGAGAAUGUUGGUUCUAGGAUAUACUCGUAUUUCUAGCUUGCCGCCGUGCAUCCAGUCACUUUGCUGUCUUCAGACCCUCGAUUUACUGAACUGCGACAGGAUUGAAGCAUUGCCAAUACUACCCUCUGGUUUGACUCGCUUGCGUGUGAUCUCUAGGAGCAUGAAGGCUGUGCCAUUCAUUGACAACUUGACAAAAUUGGAAGAGUUGUGCCUUGGAGAUGAAGAUCCCGAGGAACUAAAACUACCCUCAACGCAGAGGGUGAUGAAUUCCAUCCUGACCAGGGGGGUGGUUCUCUCCUUUCUUUGGCCCAAAAGGUUUCUGAGACUGAAGGUGUUGGAAUUGUCUCAUUCACGGAUCACGGACCUUCGCUUGAGGGACAAAUGUCUCCCUCAGCUCACAAAACUUGUCGUGUCAGGUGCAAACCUCAGGAGAAUACAGCAGCUUCCAUCAACACUGUCAUUCUUGUCAGUUCGAGGCUGUUUGUCAUUGAAAAGAUUGCCGACCGUCCAAUGUUUGAAAAGUUUGAACGAAUUACGGCUCUCACACUCUGCAGUUAGAGAGGUUGAAGGGCUUGGAGAGCUAGGAGCCCUGGAGAUAAUAGAUAUAUCUCACUGCGAAAUACGGAACCUUGAAGGGCUCGGCCAGUUAACUUCCUUGAUAAGUUUGAAGCUUUCGGACUGUGAUCAUCUCCGAAAGUUGCCUAACAUAUCAAAUCUGAAGAUGCUGAAAAUUUUAGAAAUCCGCCGAUGCAGGGAGAUUAAAAAUAUUCAAGGUCUACAAGAAAUAAGAUCAUCCCUGGGGAAGCUGCAUGUAGGUGAAGGCAAUGAUGAAGACUCACAGCAGGUACGCGAUGAUUUUUUCUAAGUCGUAGUACUUGGAAUUUUCACGAUAUAUAAUUUUAAUAAGUCAAUUGACAUAUAAGUUUUCUAUUAUAAUCUUUUGA